AUGUUUUUCAAGUCUCUUGACCUAACGACUGCAUUGCGGCCUUUACUGUUACCUGAUGAGACUCUUCUCUUCGUCCAGGAUGCCGUGGGCUUGUAUGAAGGGAAAUACAAGAUCCCCAACUACCAGAAUGGCCAUGCCUACUUGACCUCGCAUCGCGUAUGCUAUGUGGCCGCUGAAGAUCCACGCAAACAUUCCGUGGGGAUCGAUCUGAAAGAGAUCGAUCGAGCCGAUUAUCAGGCUGGCUUUUUGAAAUCAUCCCCGAAGAUCACAAUAUAUCCCAAGCCUCAGAAGAACAAAGACAAAUUGCGAAGCGCAAAUGCCAGUCCUGCUGUAUCGCAGACCACCCUACAGCCGGUGAAGCCGCUCUCCCCGCAUCCUCAAUCCGCCGUGCCACAUCCAUCAUCUUCUCCAAAACCAAUAAAUGCGACCUGGAUUUGUCCCAUUUGCUCAUUUUCUAAUCCCGUGCCCUCAAACUUCGACACUACGACAGCAACUCCGGCAGUAAACUUACCACCAUGUCUGGCCUGCGGUAUCAAACCACCAUUCACGACCGUCCUCAAAGCGGCGAUUAGCGCGGCCGCCGGAUCGGCCAGUCGAGAUCUGCCUUUACCCAUAUUGAAUUCAUUGUCGGUCGAAGAUAGCACCGUUACAAAGAAUGCAAGCUGGACCCAGCCUACAGGAAAUGGAACUGUGUCGUGCCAUCGCUGUACAUUUGUCAACCACCCCUCUCUCAUUGAAUGCGAGAUGUGCGGGUCACCGCUGGUAUCGGCCCCGACGUCAAAUAGUGGAGUCGAUGCGAGUCGCUCGGACUCUCCGGCUCCGUUUUUCGAUCAAACACGCAUCACCAAUACGGAAGUGACAGAAAGCAUAAAGCUUUCAUUUCGAGCGGGCGGGGAGAAGACUUUCCACGAGAGACUGAAGGGAGCCCUCAUUCAGCGGAAAUGGCUCCUACAAAAUGCACCUCCGGUACCUCCGCCGUCGCAAACAUCAUCAAGUACGCCGGCUACUACGGCCGUGGAAGGUCCCCAGCCGGCCGCGCGCGCGGCUGUAGGUAUUGCAGGUUUAGAGCAACGGAGACUGGAAGCCCGCAUGAACAAUCAGCUGGUGAUAGGCAAUGCUUUUGAGGAUCUCGAGGCGCUCAUGGCAUCUGCGAAACAGAUCGUGGCACUUGCAGAGACUCUUGCCAGGGAGUCUGGAAUGGCCAGCAACGAAGGUUCAGCAGAGACCAACGCGGUGCUGUCGGAAUCCGCAGCUGCCUUGGGAAUGGUGACUACAAAGGACAUGCUCAGUUCAGGAUCAGAGAACCUCUAUCUAUCAGAGCUGUCACGCAACCUAGCCGAAUACCUGACAGACGAUCGCAAGGGAAUUUUGCAACGGGAGGGCGGCAUCAUGAGUCUGAUUGAUUUGUGGGCGGUGUUCAACCGAUCCCGCAAUGGCGUAGAACUGGUCAGUCCUUCUGACUUUGAAAGGGCCGCUGAAUUAUGGGAAAAGCUCAAAUUGCCGGUUCGACUCCGCCGAUUCAAGAGUGGUCUACUUGUGGUUCAGCGGUUUGACUGGAGCGACGAUAAGACAGUACGUCAGCUACUAGAAUGGAUGGAUGAAUUACGAGCCGCACCACCGGAGGAGCCAGUUCCAUGGGACUGGAGUGAGUUCGGUCGGGCCGUGACAGCACAGGAGGCGGCACAACGUUUCAAAUGGAGUGUCGGUGUGGCUGCUGAGGAGCUCGAGAUGGCUGAAGACCGGGGGGCCCUAUGUCGAGAAGCAGGGAUCGAAGGUCUACGGUUCUGGAGCAAUCGAUUAUAA